CUAUUCACACCGUAAUGAGAAAACUUCCUGUUCUUUAAACAUUUGGUCCUUCCAUAUUCAAUUAAUUUGUUAUUAUAUAAUUUGCAUUGUUUUUAAUCUGGUUACUUUAAGUCCAAUCAUAAAUUGGUAAGUCAACCUAAAAUUAUUAUUCUUAAGUUUCUAAUUUUCCAAAAUAAGUCUAUCUAUAUUAUUAUUAUAAUUAUUGUUGACACUCAUUGCCUCGGUCUCAGUCUCAGCCUUCCACUAUUUGAUACCCUCGCUGAGUAGCCCUUGCAACCAGUGAAAUAUCCUCUUUGACACCAGACACAGAAACAUUGCAAAUACCCUCUACAUAUAAUACUUCAUACAUAGGAGCCAUAAUGACUGUAUGAUCAAUACAUUGAAUGAUUGAUCCUGAGCCCUUAAUUUAAGAAGAAAAAGAACUACACAAUGUCACAAAGACCAAAAGUAGUAGUAGGACAAAACAAGACUAAAUUUAAUUUAUCAUAUUUCAUACUGCAAGUACAAGUCUACAAAUAAGUCAAAGUUACUACAAUUUACAACUACCAACCAAAGUAUGUUAAGCUCCUCCGCAGACACGCUUAUUCUGUCUGUUCCCAAGACACACACUAAAACAUAUGGUGAAUGAUCUUUCUCUUUCUGUGCCCCAAAACAAUGGAAUUAUUUGCCACUACACAUUCCCAAUAUACUAACCAUCUAGGCCUUCAAAACUGCAUUCAAAACACAUCUCUUUAAACUAUACUACCCUGACUGAAUCCCCUCCUCUGACAGAUAAAUGAUGCUGCUAGCUGCCGUCCAUGGUUUGCCUUGUAAAAGUUCUGGGGUGGGGUGGGUGAAUAAACAUUUGUUUUUUUGUUGUUUUUUUAUACACUGUUCUUUAUUUCAUAAAUGUAUUUUAUUUCAAUGUCAAAAGUAUGUCUCUUUUGCUAAUAUUUUUAUGUAAAGCUGUUCUUUAUUUCAUAAAUGUAUUUUAUUUUAAUGUCAAAAGUAGGCCUAUGUCUCUUUUGCUAAUAUUUUUAUGUAAAGCGCGGUGAGCCCAGUCCUAGGCUGGGGUAAUAAUAAUAAGUACAAGUACAUUUUACUGAAUAUGAAUAGAAUUAUUAGAAUGGUCAAUGAUCAAAAUUAAAACUUAAACGGCGAAAUGAUAAUUAAUUUCUACCCUACAAGCGGCAACACACUCACAAUUGUUAUAAUUAUAAUUUAAAAUAUGUGAUUGUUUUACUCUACACUUUUACUUUGUUGUUUCAAUAUAAAUUUUAUUUUUAUCAACAUUUUUUAAUGGUUUAUGUACUGAAACAGAUCUGAAAUAUGGAUGAACUAUCCUGUGAAAAAAAGAAAGAAGUAAAAUGGCCAGAUGCAUCAGAAUAUACAGAUAAAUACAUAAAACCAUCAGAAAUGCCUUCAAAACCUGAUCCGUGAGUUUGUAUCAGAGUAAAUAUUUAUUCUUACUUUAAUUUGAAGGGACUUAUUUUUUUAUUUAAACUUAAGUUACAUUAGUAUUAUGCUAUUAAAAUAAUCACAUUUGGCUUAUGAAACUAAUUAAUUGCUGUUUGUUCUAUAUUGAAUUAAAGUAUGAUGUUAAUAGUGUGUGUUUGUAACUUUGUUUAUGAAUUUUUUUUUAAAUGUAAAACAAGUAAAAAUUAUAACUACUUUAAUUUUUCUUGUUAUUUAGAUGGAUGAAUGGUGCCACAGAGAGACAGAUUGACAUGCUUUCAGGAAGGCCAAGAACUCCAAAUGAUCAGUAUACAGUUAUGACUGAAUUACAGAUAAAAAAUUUGCAAAAGGUGAAAUAUCUAGCAUUACUGAGUAAUGAUUGCUCUAAUGUUCAGACAUGCCAACCUCGCAGUUUACAUGUACUUUGUAAGACUUUUACAUAAUUCCUGAGGUGUUUGGCAGUACAGGCUUUUAUAUGGGUGCUGGGUGGCCGAGCGGUCUAAACUGUCUCAAACCAAAUAGCAGUGGCGCCAGUGGUCCGGAGUUCAAUCCCCAUUAAAGCCAACAUCCCUAGCACCCCGGGUGGAUGGGACUCGCUAGCCUUGGACGGCAACCCAUCUAAGAGAAGGCAAACUCUGAAUUAAAACCAGGAGCCAUAAUGAUCAACAAAUUGAUCGUGGGCCCCUCAAAUAUAAGAAGAAGAAGAUAUGGUUUUUCACUGAAAUUAAAAAAGAAAUAUUUUUGUGCUAGACUUGGGUUCAAAACUGGUGGUGCAAUAAUUUCAAUGUUGGACAAUAGGAAGCUUAAAUCUCAUUGGCCAUAUAAAUUUAGAAACUGUGUCUGUUUCCAUUGAUACCAUUCCUUAAGAUUAAGACAGCGUUGCACAGUAGUAAAUACUUUGAUUAGUUACCAUAAUUCUGUUUGUUUAAUUCAUUACAAGAACUGGGAUGUUAGAAAGUGCUCUUUUAAUUUCUAUUAAAUAAUUAAAUUGUGUUUAACAUUACUAUCAAUGACUAGCAUAAAUCAUUAUUCCUAACUGUCACUAUGGCUUAAUUUAAAAUGUUAACGCUUUCUUAAACUAAAAGCGGGUGUGAUCUUUUUGUUCUAUAAGUUAACAUUAUUUAGAGCUGAAAUCAGUUAGAAUUGUAGACUAUCUCUUAUAUAUAUUUUGCUUCUGGUGUGUCAGGUAAAUAGUUUAAAAUUUUUUCCUUAGAGUGAGGCGAUUAUUAUAUUAAUCAAUAAAUAGCCAUGGGUGUGGUGUAAGAUUGUCUGUUGGAGUAUUGUUUAAAGACUGACAUGUAGGGUGUAGGAAUGUCAGUUGGCCUGUUGUUAUCAAAAUACCCGGGCCAGGUGUAAAAAAAACUGCACAACAGCUAAUGGCCAAUAUGCACAGAUACUUGUUAACCUCUCCACGAGUCGUAUAAUAAUUCCCAAGCUUUUACAUUAUUUCAGAAUAUAGAAAACUUAUUAUUAAUUACACUCUGAUACCAGCUUUUUUAACAUGUAUUCAUAGUUAACUUGUGUGUCUUUCAGUAUCAGAAAAAAUAAAAGUGAGCAGAAAAGAGAGAUGGGUAUUUAAAGAUUCUAUAAUUAUUUUCUCCACUUCAGGAUGCGACACCAUUUUUUAUGCAUGAAGAUCCUACAGCUUUGGCAAAGAAAAAUACCAUCAUACUUCCUGCACCUAAAAACCGUUAUGCUACUAGCACUAGUCAAUAUUUGUUUCGCGAUACACCACCACGUUCCCUCCCACACUGUUGGAUGGAUGAGCAAUGGCAGAGGAACCCCCCUGAACAGCAUAACACAUGUCGACUUGGUGCAUCAUUGCGAUGGGGCCCAUCUAAAACAGGUAGACUCACCAAAGCUUCAAAAUACUGAUGCCUAGUUGAAAUUAGUCUUUGAACAUUUAUAAUUUAUAAAUCAAGCAAUUUAUAAAUUUUUUAUUUUUUCCAAAAUUAACUUGUCUCCUACAUAUUGAGUUUAACUUUAAACCUGCUGAAAAUGACCAAUAUCUUCAAAAGAUAUGCUUUUUUAACCAUUUCUUUGUUAUCGAUGGAAAAUUUAUCACAUAAACAGUCGGUCAUGUAUUUUAAACAUUCAAUGAUAACAGUCAAAAAAAAUAAAUGAUGGUAAAAUUUCCAGAUUCUUUGAAAAUUAUGCAUACAUGUCAUUCAUAGGUUUAAUCAACAAAACACACUAAACACACUUUCAUUCCACAAGAAGUUAUCAGGAUUGGGUAUUAGAAUGUGUGUAUUAAAUUUAAAAUGUGAUACAAAAAAUUGACCACAAAUGAAAAAAAACAACAACAAAAAACGUUUCUUUCAAAGCCAAAUCAUUAGCAUGCAGACCACAUGCAGCAGUCAGAAAGGGCACACUUUAGGCAAAGAUGGGAAGAGUUAUGAAUAAAUAAUUUCGUAUUCAUAAACAUCUAAAAAAAAUUAUAUAGAAAAUAUAAAUUGCUUGUAUUCUCUGCGUAAUAUACUGUUGUAUAUUCUCACCAGGUCAGAGGACUAUUAGUCACUUUCACACUGAAGAUGUGCACAGAUAUCUGAACAUUGAUGUAUACAAAAGGCCUCCAACCAAUCUCCCAUCAAUUGUGGUGAUGAAAUAUGGCAGACCAAGUGAAGGCUAUUACCAACAAAGAAAUCCAAGUAAGAUAUGCUCCUGUCAGAUAAACUUGUAAGAGAUCUGAACAUUUUUGUCACACUAUAAUAUGCUCAUAAAGAAAAUCGACAUUUAUUAUAAGUUGUCAAGGGUUUUAUUUUAAUCUUAUUAUGUGAUCAGUUUUAUACCUUAUUUUACUUAAGCUUCAAUGUAAGCCUUAAUACAACAUUCUUUAAAUCAUCAGAUUUCAAUACCUGGUUCGGCUCAACACACAGAUUAAAUGAGACCAAUGUUUUAACCACAAUCAGACCAAAAACAUUUGCUGAGUAUGAUCAGUUUAGAACAAUGGAGCAAAACUAUCAGAAACACCAGGCAACCAAGUGGCCAGAGAUUAGUGAAUACACUGACAAGUAUUUGUUGAGAAACAAACCUGAAGUUAUUAUUGACACGUAAGAGCUCAAUUUCUUCAUUAUGAGUUUGCCGAACAGUGGUAGAUUUAAAAUAAGUUCAAACUAAAAAAAAAAUUUUGAUGUUUUUUUUAUCUAUAACAAUGGCAUCUUAAGUGAUCAUACCAUAAAUAACUUACAGUUAUGUUCAAACUUAGUUCCCUUGUGCUUUAUCAAUAGAUGCAAAAAUCAAAAUAUUUAAAUCAAUGUAGCUUUGGAAAUUCUAUUGCUUUUAAUUAACGACUUUUGUCUAUAAUAGUAUAAAUAUUUAUUUUUUUUUAAAACUUUAUUUAAGGAUUGAUGCAAGAAAACAGCGUCAUAGAGAACAGAAAUUUCAGGAAGCCCAGGAAACUUUGUUGUCACAGGCAGUUGAAAAUCAACAGAUUAAAGACCUGGAAAGCAGGACACACGAACGUGAGCCUGUACCAGCAUAAACUGUUUAUGGCUUAGUUAAAUAUUUUUUUUAUUUCUUUCAGGAAACAAAUUACAGCAGGCUAGCAUCAAGAAAUCUAUUCCUUGUGCAUGUAUAUUUGUAUGUUUAGAUACAACAACAUCUAUAGUUUUUAUUGCAAUGCGCUCAUCAGAUGUGCCCAACAUUUUAAAGAGCACAUUGAAUUGACUGGUGUAUUAAAUGCCCACAGUACAUCACUAAUAUAUGAAUGCAUUAUCUGUUGAUUUUGGACCAAAACUUUAAAGUCCACAAGGACUAAUAGAAAUCUAUUACGUAAUGGGCCAAUCUGGACCUCUAUGUCAGACUAUUUCUUGGUCAUGCAAGUCUUUCUUAAAGAAAUUUUUGAGUGAUGCCCUGAUUAGAUUCAUCAUUCAUUUUAUUUUAAUUAAAAUUUUAACUGUGAUAUUUUAUUAAUCAAACUAAAUUUUCAAUCGAAAACUGUGAUUAUCUUUUUCAUUAUUUUAUAACUUCACUAAAUUGUAAUAUAAUAUUAUAUAUAAUGAUUUUUGUACCCUGUAGUAUAAAUAUAAUUUUUAGUACAAUUUUGUUUCAAAACCAUGUUUUUUUUAAAGAAUGUUUUCUAUACCAUAUAUUUUUUUACUCAGUCACAUAUUAUUUAUGGCAAGCUGUGGUAUAAGUAAGACUGAGGAGAAAUUACAUGUCAAUUAGAUGUAUUUCUUUUAAAUUAAUUUAAGGCAAUCAAAGGCAAGAUAAAUUGUUAUUAAUUCAAGCUAGUAAAUAAAUAUUAGUCCUACUCUGUAAAUUUAAUUAUUGACCCUAACUGAAUGUAUAAGCUACAUCUAGCUCAAGAACCAACUGUACUUAAGAUAUAGAUUAAAUUUAAUAGAUUUAUUUUUCCCUGCUCACAUCCAGUUGUAAUUUACAGUCAAAGUGAAUUUGUUUAUUGUAGUAUGUAACCGAAAUAAUAAAAUGAAAAAAAAACAUCCCUAUGCCUACCUUGAAAAUAAAUUUUAUAUUAAAUAGAAUUAUUUCCAAUAAUUUCAAUGCGUUUAAUAAUAUUAAAAGUUUUGUGUUUUUUUGUAAAUAUACUUGUCUGAAUAAGUGUAACAAUCCAUAAACCAGAACAUAACUGAAAAAUAAUUGAU